ACGCAGCAAUGACCGACUCGAUGUUCAUGGAGUGGCUUGAACACCGCCUUAACCCUGCGUACAACGCGAUCCCUGAGUUCAAAGGCAAACGGAUGAUUCUUGUUCUUGACAACGCCUCAUACCACCAUCGAUUUGACGCGGAAGUCAAAGUGCCGGAAACCAACACUAAGAAGCACAACGUCGAUCUGUUGCGUAGGGUUAAGCAUAAGGAGGGCGGACAGUGCGUUGUUGAGUACAACUUCGAGGUACCGACAGAGCCUGGUUCUUCAUUCCCUGCAGGGAACAGGGAGGGCGGUGUAAGCAGAGCGGAGGUAGCAACGGCCACUCGGGAGUACAUCCACCUCAAUCACCCUGAAAGGCUCGAGGAACGGGUGGUGACGUUCAUGAGGAAAAAGGGGUGGGCGUUGAUUUGGACGCCGCCCUACAUGCCGUCCUUUCAACCGAUCGAGCUUUUUUGGCAGCAUGGUAAGCAGNACAGGGAGGGCGGUGUAAGCAGAGCGGAGGUAGCAACGGCCACUCGGGAACACAUCCACCUCAAUCACCCUGAAAGGCUCGAGGAACGGGUGGUGACGUUCAUGAGGAAAAAGGGGUGGGCGUUGAUUUGGACGCCGCCCUACAUGCCGUCCUUUCAACCGAUCGAGCUUUUUUGGCAGCAUGGUAAGCAGUACGUCAGCCUUAACUUUGAGUUGAAGCGAAAGAUGCGGGAGGUGUGGGUGCAGAUUCGUAAAGGUUGGUACGGGGACAAGGAAUGGCCAGGCCAGGAGGGGGGGUGGAAGGCAGCCGAUUGUUCGAAGCUGGUUGACCACGCCAUUGGAGAGAUGAAUAAGUGGGUCAAGGACCGUGAUGGAGUGCUUUCUGGUACGAUAGGCAGCCUCGAAAAGCCGGACGGGUACGAUACAGAUGAUGUGUCGCCCGUGGGUGAUGUCGAGGAAGGGGUAGGGGAGCAGAUCCAGCAGGAAAGCGCAGAAUGGGGUGACGGCAGCGACGAGAUUGAACCAUGAUGAGAGUUUUUUCAGCCUUGU